UAUAUACGCAAAUUCUCCAAUAAACAAAGACAAAUAACGAAUAGAAAUUGGAUUUUCCCAUUAGAAACCCUUCUACCCCAAUACGUGUAGGAGAAGCCUCACUGCCGAUAAUUAGGUACUCUGUUCGUGGGUUUGGAGAAUUAUGGGUUUUGAUCUCGUCGUUGUUUGAUCGUGAUCUCGAAUACCCGAACAAUGCCCGCGGAAUCGAGCGUGAAAGCGCCUCCGAAGGUGGUGAAGCUCGAUAGAGCCUUGAAGCUCGCUGAAUCAUGGGUGAGCAAGAUGAGCCCAUCGGCACCGGAUGAACCAGAGGAACCCAGAGUAGAGGCUCGCCAUCCGAGGUUGGGUCUAGGAGCCAAAGCGCCACUGAAUGUAAAAGCUGCAGCUUUGACUGAUCCAGUCGAGAGGAAAUUGUUUCAGAAGGUGAAGGCAAAGAGGAGAAAAUCCUCUCCAGAUACAAGCAAAACAAGCCAUGCUGAAGAGAAUGAGGCUAGCAAUGAUGAAACAGAUGAACCUGAAAGCAGAACAAGUGCUUUCGUGAAAAAGAGGGCGGCGCCUGUGAGUUCCUCUUCACUAGUUAAGAAGAGCAAAUGAGUUUUUGUUACUCUGUUUAGUAGAAUCUCUGUUGUACUAUAUUUCUGUUAGCAUUAAAUUAAGAAUUAUAUUGCUUUCAAGUGUUUUCUUUGAUUUUUCUCCUGCCAUUGAUAAAUACUGUCAUUUCACU